GGCGACAUUGUACAAGUUUAGAGAGCUAUAAAUAGUUUGCCCCUACAUCCGAGUGGGACACAACCAGGCGAUGUCAGCAUCCUGACGAGAGCUGCAGUGGUGACGAUGUGCGAUGCUGGCUGAGGCUAAAACCGUCUGCCGCCCUCACAUCACGUGACUCAGUCCUCGCAGUCCUCGUUUUGUAUAGUUUUCUAUUUAUUGACAGUCGUGCUCUGUUUUCUACCACAGAAUCAUGGCAUUUCUCUCUACCUUCAGCCUUCCGUUGCUUGUCACCAUGCUCUGAUACUUCACACACUGAGAAUGAUUACAGACCUGUUUACUAAGCUUCAGUGUGACGUCACAUAAGCCAACUGUCAACAAUGUCUGGUCAUCAGCCGUCUUAUCCACAAAAGGGACAGCGCCCUAAGGGAAGAGGAGGCAAACAACAUUCUACAGGUCGUGGCCGGGUGGAAGUUUACCUACACACAGUGACUGACCAACAGGCUGAGCUACUUGCUGACACAGCGAACACACGUCCUCUGGAAAAGGUGAAGAAGACGUCAGGAGCUGAUGUAAACUUUGACCCCAACCCCUCACCUGUACCAGGUAUGAAGGUUCUCAUCAUCCGCGGUGAUGCUUCUCAGAUCAAAGCAGCAGUUAGUCUCAUCAAUCAGAAGACUGGCUCAAAGGAACCAUUACCAGACCAGGCCCAGACAUUCUGGCUACAGUGGGUUGAGGCCGCGUUCCCUCAUCUCGACUCUCGCGCCUACUUCCUGCCUCCUGUCUACGUCAACCGCGUGCCCAUGACUAGACAGUCGGUAGCUGGUCAGGAGGUUCUGGUCCUACAGUCAGGUCAGACAAGUCAGUCAGGUCACACAGGUCAGUCAGGUCACACAGGUCAGACGGCGAUGAUUCCAUCAGCUGCUGCUUCCAUUCCUCAGCCACCUCGCGUUCAGGACAGUGACCUCAGAGACGAUGCAGCCAUGCAACGGGUGCUCUACUGUCUCCAGAAAUUGUGUGAAGACAACAAAGAAGUCAUGGUUGGACUGACUCAGCUUCAGUUCGGCGACUACCUGGGGGAACCUUGUUACACUGCUGCAGCUGCACAGCUCCCCCUAGCGGCCAACCUCACAUCUGCACUGCCACGAAACUGGAAACAGGGCGACUUUGAUGUGCUUCUCAUUCACCGACAUUUCGGUUUAGUCACGUGCGAGGUGAAGGCCUUUGGUGACAACACACAGGCACUGAAUAUGUCGAAGGACGAUAAAGAAAAAAACAUCAGAAAAAAGCUCAAAGAAGCCGUGUUACAGGUGGACAAGGCGGAGGCCAUGUUGUCUCACCUGGUGUCCGACAUCGCUCCCGGUCUGCCCGUCACUAAGGUCAUCGCCUUCCCCAACCUCACAACUCGUCAAAUACAACAGGCCAUCUCCGGUGACAACCUCCUCAUUCAGGUUUCAGACCUGUGUCAGUGUCUGGGAGCAAGUGAUCCCGCCGACAUCCCAGAGAAUUUCACGACAACAGCCACGACCGUUACCUCCACCAACAACGGCACAACACCGCCCUGCCUACAGUGGAGAGACGUGCUGCUGUUGUACAGGGGUAUGAAGAGUAACGACUCGGGUCUGAUGAAGGGACUUACAGAAGCGGGUAUCCCAGUGCAGGUGAUGAAUGACGAUGAUAUUGAGGACGUGGCUACGGCCCGCAGUGACGUGGUGUGGGGGACGGAUGGACUUCGUAAGCAGUGUGGCGAAGGAGCAACGGUAAUUACGGGCUGCAGCAGGCAAAGUGACGAGCGAUGCAUCGCCCUGACCAGCUGCCAUGUGGAUGUAAAGCAGCAAGAGGAAGAGGACGAUGAAGAGGAAGAGGACACUGACGUCGUCUAA